AUGCCCUACACGCACAUUGUAUCUUUCAAGUACCGUUCCGACGUGGACGCCGCCAAGCGACAGGAGGCCUACGAUCGUUUCCUCCAACUCAAGCCUAGCUGCGAGACCAAGGAGGGCAAGCCUUACAUUCUGGACUUGAAGGCGGGAAAGGGCAACGUGAGCCCAGAAGGAAAGGGACAUGGAUACGAUCAAAUCUUCAUCGCCAUCUUCGCCAACGAGCGCGACGUGGCCUACUACCUUGGUGAGGACCCCGUCCACUUGGAGUACAUGGACUUCGUCAAGCCCUUGUUGGAGGACGCCUUCAUCUUUGACUUUACGGAUCUGGAGCAGAAGUAG